AUGAUGAUGAAGAUGGGGUGGAAGGAAGGCCAAGGCUUGGGAAAGAGCGACCAAGGGAUGACGACGCCGCUCAUGGCGGAGAAGCGCGGCGCGAAGCACGGCGUCAUCGUGAACGCUCCGGAGAUGUUCUUCGCCACAGGGAGCGACGACGAAAAGGCGGGGCUGGGGGGCGGGAGCGGGGUCGUCGACGCGACGCGCACGCUGCUGGGCGCGCCGAAGUUCGUGUCGAGUGGCGCGACGGAGGGAGGCGACGGCGACGCGGUCGGCGCGUCGCCCCCCCCAGCGAGAGGCCCGCCGUCGAAGGUUUUGCUCCUUCGGAACAUGAUCGGACCGGGCGAGGUGGACGAGGACUUAGAGGACGAAGUCGCGGAGGAGUGCGAGAAGCACGGCGCGGUGCACCGGGUGAUGAUCUUCGAAGUCACCGAGUCGGGGUACGACCCGCGCGAAGCCGUGCGGAUUUUCGUGGAGUUUACGAAACCGGAAGACGCGGCGAAGUGCGCGAACGAGAUGGACGGUCGGUUCUUCGGCGGGCGGACCGUCGCGGCGUCGCACUACGACGAAGGUCUGUUUGAGGCGAACGAGUUAGGACCUCAGCCCGGGGAACGCGCGAUAGAGUCGUGA